AUGCCUGCGAAGUCACGUUUCACGAGGCUAGAUGCCUUCGCCAAGACCGUUGAAGAUGCGCGCAUUCGUACCAACUCGGGCGGUAUCAUCACCAUUGUGUCGCUAUUAGUCGUGAUGUGGCUGGUCUGGGGAGAAUGGAUGGACUAUCGUCGUGUAGUAGUCCAGCCUGAGUUGAUUGUGGACAAAUCCAGAGGCGAGCGGAUGGAGAUUCAUCUGAACAUGACUUUUCCCCGACUUCCCUGUGAGCUCUUGACCUUGGAUGUCAUGGACGUGUCAGGGGAGAUGCAGGUUGGCGUAGCACACGGUAUCAACAAAGUUCGCCUCGCCCCAGCAUCGGAAGGAGGCCACGUUAUCAACGUUCAAGCUCUUGAUCUGCACUCUCCCGCAAAUGCAGCGGCACAUCUGGAUCCUGACUACUGUGGUCAAUGCUAUGGCGCCGACGCGCCCCCGAAUGCGAUCAAAGCAGGCUGCUGUAGUACCUGUGACGAGGUGCGAGAGGCAUACGCCAACAAGCAAUGGGCCUUUGGUAUUGGUGAGAACGUGGAGCAAUGCACGCGCGAAGGAUACGGCGAGAAGAUCUUGGCUCAACGGCGUGAAGGCUGCCGAGUCGAGGGUGUGCUCCGAGUCAACAAGGUUGUGGGUAACUUCCACAUCGCUCCAGGCCGCAGCUACACCAGCGGAAACAUGCAUGCUCACGACAUGGACAAUUACUUUAUGCGUGAUGCGCCUGCGUCGGAGCAACACACAAUGACGCACGAGAUCCACGAGCUUCGAUUCGGCCCUCAAUUGCCUGCAGAGCUUGCAGAUCGCUGGCAGUGGACCGACCACCAUCACACCAACCCAUUGGACGAUACUAAGCAGGCGACCGAUGAGCCUGCGUUCAAUUUCAUGUAUUUCGUCAAGGUCGUCUCAACUUCGUACCUGCCCCUAGGUUGGGAUCCUACCUUCUCUGCAGCCAUCCACAGCGCUUAUGAUAAGGCGCCCCUUGGUUAUCACGGUCUGGCCUACGGCUCUCAGGGUAGCAUCGAAGCCCACCAGUACUCGGUCACUUCGCAUAAGCGACCUCUCAUGGGUGGCGACGAUGCUGCCGAGGGCCACAAGGAGCGUAUGCACGCCUCUGGCGGUAUUCCAGGCGUCUUCUUCAACUACGACAUCUCUCCCAUGAAGGUUGUUAAUCGUGAAACACGACCCAAAACAUUCACCGGGUUUUUGACUGGUGUCUGUGCCAUCAUUGGAGGAACCUUGACUGUAGCUGCGGCUGUGGACCGUGGCCUCUACGAGGGCAGCAUGCGCAUUAAGAAAUUGCAUUCAAGCUAG